AUGGACUACUGCCCAGACAGCUGGGAUGAACCAACAUUCACGGGGUUGGCGGCAGGUUGCCCGGAGGUGUGCCGCCUCCACCAGAAGGAGCCGGUGAAGCGUGUCGCUUUUGAAGGAACGAACACCGGCCGUCGCUUCUACAUGUGUUCUGUGCAAGGGAUGCAGUACAUUGAGAAUUGUGGCUUCCACUCUUGGCUUGAUGAUGAGUGGCCACAGCCAAUGAAGAACACAUUGCUGAAGCUGUGGGGAAUGUACCAUGACAUGCAUAAUGCACUUCUGGAUGAGAAGAUUGAGAAUGGCAAGCUUGUGAAAUAUUUGAAUGAAGAGAGGAUAAAGGUGGAGAAGAAGUAUUCCAGCCUGAUGGCUGAUGUUUCCAAGUUUAUGAAUGAUACUGAGAGGCAGGUUAUGCAGGCAAACUAUGACAAGAUAAUGAAAUGCAGUGAGGAGGAAAAGUUGAGGGAGAUAAAGACUAAACUUGAAAAUGAGCUGAUGAAAGCCAAUGAUGAAGUGGCUAUGCUGAAGGAGGGCAAGAUUGCUGAUGACAGAAAGAUGAAGCUGAUGGAGGAAGAAACUUUGUUGCUCAAGGAUGAGAAGAAGAAGCUAGAGUAUCAGCUAUUUGAUCUGUUUAAGUUGAGCAGUGCUAGGAAUGACAAGUUGGUCAAGAUCAAGCAGAUAUGUGCUGAAGCUCUUGGAGCUGCUGGUGCUGCUCUUGCUGUUGGAGCUUCUGGUGCUGCUCUUGCUCUUGGAGGUGCUGGUGCUGCUCUUGCUCUUGGAGCUGCUGGAGCUGCUCUUGCUCCUGGAGGUGCUGGUGCUGGUGGAGGAGCUGCCGCUGUGCUUGCAGAUGCUGAAGUGUUGCCAUCAUCACUCUGUGGCUUCAGAGGUGCCUAG